AUGGGAAAUAUAAAUUCAAUUUGUUUAAAUAAUAAUGGAAAAUAUAGAAUUGAUUCAAUUUCAUGUUCAUUAGAAGGAUGUAAAUUAAAUAGUAAAGAAUUGGUUGAAAAUAUGGUAGCAUUAGUUGAUAAAUAUCCAUUAACACAACUUUUAAUUAUAAGGGAAUGUAAAUUGAAACAAAUACCAGUUAAUAUAACCAAUUUAUCAAAUUUAAGUGAAUUAAUAUUAAGUGAUAAUAAGUUAUCACAAUUACCAUGGUCAUUACCACCACCAUUUAAACCUAAUACAUUAUUAUCAAUGGCAUCAAUUACCAAUGAGAAUUUGGUUAGAUUGGAUUUAUCAAAUAAUCGAUUUACAGAGUUCCCUUCAAGUGUAUUUGUUUUACCAAAUUUGAAACAAUUAAUACUAUGUAAUAAUCAACUCACCAAUAUGAAUGUAACAUUAUGCGGAGGAACAUCAAAUAAUAAUGGAGCGCAUCAACCACAUAUAGCAUGCCAAUUGGAGGAGUUGAAAUUGUCAAAUAACAAUUUCACAAUAUUUCCCUCAAUCAUAGGUGACCAAUUAACAACCUUGAAAUCAUUGGAUCUCUCUGGAAACACUAUAACCUCAUUACCAAACUCGUUCUCAAAUUUGGUGUCUUUGACAUCAUUGAAUUUAAAAUCCAAUAAAUUCACUUGUUUUCCACCAAGUCUUUGCACAUUGGAUAAAUUGGUACAUUUAAAUCUAUCAUGUAAUCAAAUACUAGUCAGUCCAUCAGAUCAUACAUUGGGUGUGAGUUUAUUACCAUCCUUGGAGAAACUGGAAUUACAACAUAAUCGUUUCGCUCAUUUUCCAAUGGACAUUUUAGAGAUUGUCUCGUUGAGAGUAUUAAAACUUCAAGAUAACGAUAUUGAUAAAAUACCAGAUAAAAUCGGUAACCUUUUAAAUUUGAAUGAAUUAUUUUUAUCAGAGAAUAAAAUCACUCAAUUACCUUCAACCAUUGGUGAACUAAUAAAUUUAAGAAAACUUUAUUUAGAAUAUAAUAAAAUCGGUUCAUUACCACAAGAAUUUUCAAAACUUUCAAAAUUAAAUAUUUUAAUACUUCAUAAUAAUGAUUUAAAAUUUGUACCAGAUCAAUUACAUUCACUAUCACAAUUAUUAAGAUUAUCAUUAGAUGAGAAUCAAUUAUCUUCAUCUGAUCAAAAAUUAAUUAAAUCUGAAGGUUCUUUAGCAUUAAUAAAAAGAAAAAAUAAAUUAAAUUAUGGUAGUACAAUGAAUGGUACUGGUACAACAAGUUCAAGUGGUUCUGCUAGUACUAGUACUCAUGGUUCAAUUAAUAAAACAACUGAUAUUUUAUUAUCAAGUGUUACUUUAAAUAAUAGUAUACUUAAUCAAAUAAAUAAUAAUAAUAAUAAUAAUAAUAAUAAUAAUAAUAAUAAUAAUAAUAAUAAUAAUAGUAGUAACAAUAAUAGUGGUACAAAUAGUUUAAGUAGUACACCAAAUGGUACAGGUAAAUCAAAAAAGAAAUUAACUCAUUUAACAAUUUCAAGAUCAUUAUUUCGUGGUAAUUCAUCAAAUUUAGAGAGUGAAAAAGAAGAUUUUAUAAAUAAAAAACAACAACAACAACAGCAACAGCAACAACAACAACAACAACAGCAACAGCAACAACAACAACAACAACAGCAACAACAACAACAACAACAACAGCAACAACAACUUGGAUCAACAGCAUCACCAUCAACAGCAUCACCAAUAACAAGUCAUAUUACAGUGAAUAGUACAGUUUUAGACUUUGAAGAUGAUAUACAGAAAAUGCAAUUAGGUUUAGAGGCAUUAUCAAAUUUAGAGACGAGUAUUGGUAGUAAUAAUAGCGGUGGUGGUGAUAGUAUGAAUGGUAGUGGUGGUAAUAUUAAUAAUAGUGGUGGUAGUGGUAGUGGUUGUGGUACUAUUAGUGGUAGCACUACAAAACAAAGAAGAGGUAGUGUUUUCUUACCACCAACAAAUGCAUUUAAAUUAUCACCAAAUGUGGUUAGUUCAAGUUAUAAUACAUUACCAGCAUCUGUAAUGAGUGGUUUAUUACAGCAACAGAAUCUUGAGAAUGGUGGUGUUGGUAGUGGAUCAGGAUCAGGCUCACCAAUAAUUAGUGCAAAUAGUAUAUGUAAUAGUAAUAGUAGUAGUAGUAAUUCAUUAUUAAAACCUCCAAUUAUCAAUACAACCAAUUUAAGUACAUCACCAAAUUUAUUAAGUCAAUCUUCAACAAGUUUUUUAAAUUUACCACCAUUAAAUCAAUCUUCAACAAAUUCAUUUUUACCACCACAACACCAACACCACCACCACCAUUCAAAUUUAUCACAAUCAUUAUCAAUUAAUAAUUUAGCACAUCGUUUACCAACUUCAUUAUCAUCAUCAUCACUAUCAUCAAAUAAUACCUAUGAUAGUUUACAAUUCCAACAACAACAACAACACCAUCACCACAAUCAUAAUAAUCAUCAAAAUUCAAAUCAACCAUUAGCAACAAUUGUACCAUCAUUUUCAAAAUUUAAAAACUCAUUUGAUCAAUUAUUAGAAGAACAAGAUUUUAGUAAAAAGAAAAGAGAAACACUUCAAAAAUUAUCAAAAGAACAAAAAUGGAAUUUAUUACUUCAAUAUAGAAAUUCAACUUUAAAUAUGUUAAAUAUGAAAGAGCAUUCAAAUAAUAGUAAUAAUAAUCAAUCAAUUAAAAAUUCAACUAUAAUAGCAUCAACAACAACAACAACAACAACAAAUGGUGAAUCAUUGGAUGGUUCAUCAAUUCAACAACAAAUUACAAAAAAUUCAAAUUUUCAAUCAUCAAGAUUUUAUAUUGAUAAUUUAACAAGUAAAACAGAUAUUUCAUUAGUAAAAGAAGUUCAUGACUUUUUAAAAGAAAGUGGACCAGAGGUAUCAAUAUUUAUUGGUAUGGGUGGUAUUGAAAGUUUAUUAGGAAUUUUACAAUUUAAUUUAGAUAAUGCGCAAUUACAAUUUGAUGAAGAAAAAGUUGGUUAUUGUUUAUUAUGUUUAAAGAUAUUGGUUGAAUGUACAGCGAAAUCAGUGAUUACAACUAAUAACUCAUUGAAUUUAGUUACCAUGUUUUUGACAUCUGCAAGUAAAUAUAUCAUUGAUAUCAUCAUUGAUAUCUAUGAUGAACUGCUAAGAUUACAAGUUAUUGGUGUUAGUGUUGUAUUGGAUUCAUUAAUUAAUUUUCAAAAAGUGAAAGGAUUGAGUUCACCUUACGUACCAUUGGUUGCAUUACUAAGAAAUCCAAUCAUUGAAAUGCCAACUAAAACAACGGUUUUCAAAAUUAUCAACUUUUUAAUCUACUCAUUUAGUGUGCUUGAAGAGAGAUUCUCUGUAAUUUGCUCACUAUUAAAAGUUGGUAUUUUAGAAGUGAUUGGUAUGUUUAGAGCACUACCUCAUACAUCAUAUAGUUUAAGAUUUGAAUUGGAUCUAUUCGAAGAGGUAUUGGAUAGUGAUGAGAGUGAAUUGGUAAAGAAAAUCGGUAGAAAAGAGGUGUUAAAGAGAAUGAGUAAUGAAGAUAAUGAUCUCUCUAAACAAUCAUCAAAACAAUCAAUGGAUUUCGUUAGGGUUGUAAUGGUUUCUGCGGGUUAUGGUGAUUUAAAGAUUGAUUUAGAUGAGAGAACUUCCUAUGCCAAUGUUAUAGAUUUCAUUCAAUCAAAUUAUCAAAUCAAGUAUAGCAUUGAUAGAUAUGGUUUAUUCGUACCUGCAAUUGGGUCAUUGGUAUUGGAUGGUUCAAUUUUACAAUCAUCAGGCUCACAAUCACGUUGGGUUGAUCCAAGUAAAUCAUUGAUUGACAAUGGACUAAGCAAUGAAAUCGUUGAAUUCAAAAUGAAACCAAUGCAAAUUCAAGUACUUCAAUCAGUGGUGGUGGUGGUGGCUACCAAUCAUCAAAAGGAAGAUAUUAUUAAAGAGUUUACAAUUGAUCCACAAUUGAAAUGUUUUGAAAUCGUUCAAUAUCUUCGUACAAGAUUAGAUAGUUCUUCACCAGCUUUUCAAAGAAAGAUUUCAGUUCUAACAGAGGAUGAAGAUGAAGAUUAUGAAUCAGACAUCUAUGGCGUCUAUUGUUUUAGUAGUUUAGAAAGUUAUGAUCAAGGUAGUUGGUAUCCAUUGAAUUCCAGAUUCUUGGAUUUCAAUCCAACCAAUACUCCAACCAUUAUUGAUGUUAAACUUAUGGAAAGACCCCUACGUGUACUAUUUAGUGGUACUGAAAAGCUAAUGAAAUUCAAUCCAUACGUACCGGUUUCAGAGUUAAUCAAAGAGAUAAAGAAUGAAAUUCAUUUGAAAAUUAAUAUCGAAGAUUAUGGUAUCUCUUAUGUACCAAAUGUUUCAAGUUCAAAUCUAUCAUCAUUAAUCAUAGAGGAGACAUGGUUAGAUCCAACCAAAACACUAUUGGAUCAUAAUGAUAUGAAAUGUUCAGUUGUACAAUUUAAAUUUAAACCACGUACUGUAUCAGUUAUGGUAUUGGUUGAAAGUGGUAUUGAAAUACCAACCACUGACACUCCUUAUCAAUUUGUAAAUACUAAUUCAAUCUCUGAAAUCAUUGAAAAGAUUUGUACACCACAUCAAUUGAAUCCUCUAUCACAUUCACUCUAUAUUUCCGAUUGUCAAGGUCAGAAAAUUAAACUAUUAUCACGUCAAAAUUGUUUACGUGAUCAACAAGUUAACAAUGGUGAUCAUUUAAUAAUAACUUCAAAACAAAAGGAUCUUCCAUCAGAUUUCAAUGUUUGGGAUGAACCAAACGAUUCAAGUGAAACCAUUACCUAUUCAAAGGAUCGUAGAGUUUCUUCUGUAACCUUAAAUAAAUUAAUUGAAAAGUUAACAUCACCAGAGUAUACUCAAGAUAGUGAAAUGAAAACUAUAUUCCUAAGUUCCUAUCGUUCAAUUAUAACACCAUCGGUGCUAUUAAGUAAACUUAUGGAAAGACAUACAAUACCAACAUUGGUCGAUAAAGAAAGGGGUAAAUUAAUUCAAAGAAAAACUAGACUCUUAAUUAAAUCUUGGUUAGAAUUGGAAACUACAAAAAAUCGUGAAGAAGUUAUAACUUUAUUAGUUCAAAAUAUGCCUGCUCAAUCGAUUGAAGAUGAUGGUUUAAAAGAGUUGACCGAACUAUUUGUAGAUUUAUCAACAAAAUCUUACUCUUCAAUACUUCCAAUUGUAAUUGGUGAAUUACCAAAAUGUAAAAUCCCAAAAAUCAUUGACUCCUAUGUAACAUUUGCCGAUAUGGAUGAGAUUGAAAUAGCAAGACAAUUAUCACUCCUCACAUUCCCUUUAUAUUCUAGAAUUGAAACUUCGGAACUUUUAAAUCAACGUUGGUCAAAACCAGGUGGUGGUCCAAAUAUUAUGUCUGUCGUUGGUUUAUUUAAUAAAAUUUCAAAUUGGGUUUCAUUUACAAUUGUUAAUCAACCAAAACUUAGAGAUAGAGCCGUUGUCUAUGGUAAAAUGGUUAAAAUUGCCAAUGCUUUCUAUGAACUUCGUAAUUAUCAUCUCUUAAUGGCAAUUAUUUCCGGUUUAAAUGCUUCUCCUGUACUUAGAUUAAAAUAUACCAAAGGUAAACUUUCAAAAAAUCUUAAAGAUAAUCUUGAUACCUUGGAAGAGUUAAUGUCAACUCAAUCCUCAAUGAAAAAUUAUAGAGCAGAUUUAGCUGCUGCUAGUCCUCCAGCAAUUCCAUUUAUGGGCUUUCAUUUAUCUGAUCUAGUUUUCAUCGAUGAAGGUAAUCAACAAUUAUGUGACUCUAGAAUUAAUUUCAAAAAAUUGGAAAUGUAUAAAAAAACAAUUGCAACACUUCAAAAUUUCUCACUUUUCCCUUAUCAAUUCACUCCUGUUCCAAUCAUUCAAAAUUACUUUUUAGAUUAUAAAAUUGUUGCUGAUAAACCGAUUUAUGAAAUGAGUUUAUCUGCUGAACCAAGAAAUGCUGAAAGAUAUGAUAUUCAAUAA